GCAUCUGAAACGGGACUAAUGAUGGCAACACAGAAGAAGACCAUCGUGGUGUUUGGGGCCACAACAGGUGGGAAGGGGAAUUCAGUCGCUAAUGCCCUCCUUCUUGAUGGUACCUUCAGUGUCCUUGCGGUGGGCCACAACCUCAGCAAGCCACCGGGUCAAGCCCUCAUUCGCCGUGGAGCUACAGUGGUUGGGGGAGACCUCAACAACCUGGCUACUUUGGAGAAGAUUAUGGAAGGAGCGUAUGGAGCUUUUGUGGUUACCAGCUUCUCUGAUGAUUUCAGCCAGGAGCAAGAGAAUAGUCAAGCCAAGAACGCUGCAGAGGUCGCCAAACGCCUGGGCUUGAAACAUGUCAUCUUUGGCGGAUUGGACCACGUGAUGCUGUCAACCAGGCAACGGAAUGUGCCGUUAUAUGAUGUCAAGAGGGAAGCUGAAACUCAUUUCUGGGAACUAGGGGUGCCCCUCACAAGCGUCCAGGUGCCUUGCUACUAUGAGAACUUUGUCACAUUUUGCCGCCCUCGAAGGGAGCCUGGGGAAGAUGCUUAUACCAUUACCAUGCCGAUGGGAGACCUCCCAAUCCAUGCCAUGGGGGUGUAUGAUUUGGGCCCAGCGGUGGUCAACAUUUUUAAAGCUCCUGAAGUCUAUAUAGGGAAAAGCAUCACUCUGUUUCGGGAUGCGCUGAAGGAGCAGGAAUUUGCUGAAAUCCUGUCACAGUGUUUAGGGAAAAACAUCCGCGAUUCUCAGAUUUCUCUUGAAAACUAUGAGCAACAGACUUCAAAAUCUUUUGCUGACAUGUUCCGCUACCUCCAAACCAUGUCAAAUUAUGAUGAAGAUGUGAUCCAUCAAUUGAAUCCCAAAGCCCGGAGCUUCCAACAGUGGGUGGAGGAGAUCAAGUGGACCAUGGAAGAUCUCUGA